CCAGCGCCCUUAUCGAUGUUAACUAAUUUGGAGGUUAGAAAGAGAAAACGCGCGUUUGGACUAACUAUUGGGGACAUGGAGUGCUCUCCAAUGUGUUUUAUAGGCCUUCUGUUCUUGCUUUUAUGUGAAUCAUCUAUAGAAGCCAAGUUUAUGAAGUACAAAGACCCGAAACAACCAUUAAAUGGUAGGAUCAAUGACUUGAUGAAACGGAUGACCCUUGCUGAAAAGAUUGGUCAGAUGACUCAGAUUGAACGAAAGGUUGCAAGCACUGAAGUAAUGAAAGAUUACUUCAUAGGAAGUGUGGUAAGUGGUCCGGGAGGUGUUCCUCAUCCUCAGGCAACUCCUAAGGAUUGGGUGAAUAUGGUAAAUAAAUUUCAGAAGGGCAGUCUUUCUACUCGUCUUGGUAUUCCAAUGAUACACGGAAUUGAUGCAGUUCAUGGAAGCAGCAGUGUCUACAAUGCAACAAUUUUCCCGCAUAAUAUUGGGCUUGGAGCCACAAGAGAUCCUGAACUUGUGAAGAAGAUUGGAGCUGCAACAGCCCUUGAAGUCAGGGCUACAGGAAUCCCAUACGUCUUUGCUCCAUGUGUGUCGGUAUGCAGAGAUCCAAGGUGGGGUCUCUGUUAUGAAAGCUACAGUGAAGAUCACAAGAUUGUUGAAGCAAUGACGGAAAUUAUUCCGGGACUACAGGGAGAAAUUCCUGCUAAUUUUUCCAGAGGAGUACCUUAUGUUGCUGGAAGGGACAAAGUUGCAGCCUGUGCUGCAGAUUAUGUUGCUGAUGGUGGGACAUAUAAGGGAAUUGAUAAGAAUAACACCAUUAUCAAUCGUCAUGGUCUUCUUAGCAUUCACAUGCCAGCUUACUACGACUCCAUCAUCAAGGGUGUUGCUACUGUUAUGGUAGCUUAUUCAAGUUUGAAUGAAGUGAAAAUGCAUGCCAAUCGCGGUCUUAUCACUGGGUUUCUCAAAAACACACUCCAUUUUAGGGGCUUUGUCAUCUCAAGUUGGAAGGGCAUUGAUAUGAUUACCAAUCCACCAGGUGCAAAUUACACGUAUUCAGUCCAAGCUGCAGUCAAUGCUGGUAUUGACAUGGUGAUGGUUCCCUACGACUAUAAGGAAUUCACUAAUGAUCUUACCUCUCUUGUUAAGAAGAAGAUUGUCCCUAUGAGCAGAAUUAAUGAUGCUGUUAGAAGAAUUCUGCGAGUUAAGUUUGUCAUGGGUCUAUUUGAGAACCCCAUCGCUGAUCUACGCUUUGCUGACCAAUUGGGCAAGAAGGAACACAGGGAAUUGGCUAGAGAAGCUGUGAGAAAAUCACUUGUGCUACUGAAAAAUGGCAAAUAUCCAAACCAGCCAUUGUUGCCUCUCCCUAAGAAGGUUCCAAAGAUCCUGGUCGCUGGAAGCCAUGCCGAUAACUUGGGUUAUCAGUGUGGUGGAUGGACCAUUGAGUGGCAAGGAGCUAGUGGAAACAUCACUGCUGGGACUACAAUACUUGAUGCAAUCAAAUCCACCAUGGACCCAGCAACCGAAAUCGUCUAUUCUAACAGCCCCAGCUCUAGCUUCAUCAAAAAAGGCAAUUUUUCUUUUGCCGUUGUCGUGGUUGGAGAGGUUCCAUAUGCUGAAACUCAAGGAGACAACCUUAAUCUUACAAUUCCUUCUCCGGGUCCGAGCACGGUCAAGACAGUUUGCAGUCAAAUAAAGUGUGUUGUGGUUCUGAUCUCCGGUAGGCCACUCGUGAUCAAGCCAUAUCUCUCAUCAAUGGAUGCUCUGGUUGCUGCUUGGCUCCCUGGCUCGGAGGGCAAAGGGGUCACUGAUGUUCUCUUUGGUGACUAUGGAUUCACUGGGAAACUCCCCAGAACUUGGUUUAAGUCUGUUGAUCAGCUGCCGAUGAAUGUUGGUGAUAAGUAUUAUGACCCUCUGUUCCCCUUUGGUUUUGGGUUGACAACAAAGCCAACAGAAGCAAGAUAGAAAGUGCAAAAUGGGCAUCGAAGAUGAUUUUGGUGGCACCUGUUUAUGGAAAUCAUUCCGUCUGUAAUUGUAUGCUACAGGUUGUUUGUAUUUAGAUGGGUGACUGGAUUGAUCCUCUCACGAAUUGAAAUCCUACCGUUGCUACGUUUGAUUU